GCGGCGAGGGCGCGCUGCCGGCCGCCGGCAGUCGCCGAGCGUCCGCCGCGCGCGCUGCCCGCCUCGCGCCGCCCGCCGCCGCGCUCCCGCCCGCUCCGCCGCCGACACUAAUCGCUUAUCGUGCUUCGACACGCUCACUGGGAGCUAGGAUCUUGCUCUCUACUUGCUUUCUGAGUUCGGAGGCUAGCAGGGUACGGACGAGAAGAUAUUUGUUGCUCGUACUAUACUUUAUAGUGGGUAAGGUUUCCUGGAACUUGUGGUGAUCAGUUCGCGGGAAAUCACAUAAAAUAAAUCUUCAUAGUGCGGUUAUAUCGUAAAUUAAAAGUUGUAGCUGUAUUUCAGUCGCUCCGCCGGGUUCCGUGUUGAAAUAAAUACAAACUGUCUGAACUGAAACUAUGUGCUGCGUAGUGCAAUACGUUCGUGCUGUACUGCUGUGAGCAGCGAGUGUGGGACUACUGGACGCAGCUGGAGGCGAGCGACAUCCAGGACCAUCGUAGGUACUUGUGCAUGUGUUGGAUCUCAUCUUUAGUAAAUAUGACUUUGCUGUACUGGUACCUCCUGCCGACUCCUGCCGACUCCUGCCACCUGGCGCUGUCCCCAGUCCCCAGGCAGCGGGCGGUUCUAGCGUUCAAACAGUGAUGCCGGCGGCGCAGUGAGCGCGCUGCCAUGGACGACCCCGAGCGCAUCGCGCGCGACGCAGCCGCCUGCCAGCAGGAGAUCAACGGCACCGCGCCCCCCGCGCCCCUCUACUGCGAGGGUACCUUCGACUCCUGGCUGUGCUGGCCGCCCACUCCCGCCAACACCACCGCCUACCGUGCCUGCCCCGACUUCGUGCCCGGCUUCAGUCCAGACCUAUUGGCGCACAAAGAAUGCACUGCGAACGGCACGUGGUGGCAGCAUCCGCAGACUGGCCGGCCCUGGUCCAACUACACCACCUGCGUCAAGCCGGAGGAUGACGUCAGCGACAUCAUCGCGGUGUACGAGGCGGGGUACAGCGUGUCGCUGGUGGCGCUGCUGCUGUCGCUGGCCAUCCUGCUGUACUUCAAGUCGCUGCGGUGCGCGCGCAUCACGGUGCACAUGAACUUGUUCGCGUCGUUCGCGGCCAACAACGCGCUGUGGCUGGCGUGGUACGGGCUGGUGGUGCGCUCGCCCGCCACGCUCACCGCCUCGCCCGUCUGGUGCCGCGCGCUCAACGCAGUGCUGCAGUACGCGCUGCUCACCAACUACACGUGGAUGCUGUGCGAGGGCCUGUACCUGCACACGGUGCUGGUGAGCGCCUUCGUGUCGGAGCGGCGCCUGCUGCGCGCGCUGCUGGCGCUGGGCUGGCUGCUGCCGCUGACGUCGGCGGCGGUGUACGCGGGGCGCCGCGCGGCCGGCCAGGAGCCGCUGUGCUGGAUGGACGAGGGCACGCCGCGCCUCGAGCUGGCCGUGCUGGCGUGCGGCGCCGUGCUGCUCAACGUGGCCUUCCUGUGCAACAUCGUGCGCGUGCUGUGCACCAAGCUGCGCGCCGGCGGCAGCGUGGGCGGCGCCGGGGGCCCCGCCCGGCCUUCCGCCACUGCGCUGCACGCCCUGCGCGCUACUUGCCUGCUGGCGCCGCUGCUAGGCAUGCAGUAUCUCCUAAUGCCCUUCCGCCCUGACCACACGGCGCGCUGGUGGCUGGCUUACGAGUACGUGUCUGCGCUGACGACGUCGCUGCAGGGGCUGUGCGUGGCCGUGCUGUACUGCUUCUGCAACGGGGAGGUGCUGGCGCAGCUGCGGCGGCGCUGGCGCGUGCUCACGUUCCGGCCGCGCGCCAACUCGGCCACGGCCACCACGGUGUCGGUGAGUAUGUGCGGCGCGCCCCGCCGGCCCCCGCUGGCCCCGCGCGCCUCACCCCCGCGCGUGUUGCAGUUCGUGCGCUCGAGCGCGCCCGGCGCCGGCGAGGACAAGGUGUGACUGGCGGCGGGCGGCGAGCCCGAGCCCGCGCCCGGCCGCCGCCGCACCAUCCGCUUCGACUGCGGCGACAGCGACGACGACGCGCCGCCGGACACGAGGCUGCUGUGAGCGCCGCCCGCGGUGUCAGUGCCAGUGACUGUCUCUACGUGUAUCUCUAGUGUUGUACAUAUCUGUAAAUAGUAUUUUUACAAAAAACAUAAUAAAUAAGGGUGUCUCAGGA